CUUCUCCUCAUCACCACCGUACCCAUCUUCUAAAUUUCUCAUCACUGUACUUUUCCCCAUGGCAACUUUCGCUAAACUAAAGCUUUUGUUUCUCUUCUUCUUCAUCCUCACUUUGUUCCUCGUAUCUCAAUGCGAUGAUCAAAAUCCUCAGGUCGACCCUCAGGAGAAAUUGAGAGAAUGCCAACAACGUUGUGAGAGACAACAAAAAGGACAACAGAAGCUGCUGUGCAAACAUCGUUGUGAACAGGAGUACAAGAGAGAACGAGAACAUCAACAUGGAGACCUGAAGACUGAAGAAGAUAAUCAAGGCAAAGGCAAACGUGAUCCUGAGCAGAGAUUCAGAGAGUGCCAACAAAGGUGCCAAAGACAAGAAGAGGGACAACAACAGAGACAGUGCCAACAACGUUGUCAGCAGGAGUACCGAAGAGAGAUCGAACAAGAACACCAAGGCACUGGAGGAGAAGAAACUAACCCACAAAAAAGAGAAGAGAAUAACCCCUACUUAUUUGAAUCUCACAGGUGGAUGACUGGAUACAGAAGCAGUCAUGGUCAUCUCCGCGUCCUCGAGAAAUUCACUCAAAGAUCCGAACUGUUCCGAGGAAUAGAAAAAUUCCGUGUUGCGGUCGCUGAAUUUGAGCCCCAGUCUUUCAUGAUGCCUCAUCACACUGACGGCGAAGCCAUAUAUAUUGUGGUUAGAGGGCAAGGAACGAUAGGUAUAGCAAAUCAAGAUGAGAAGAACUCCUUCAACAUGGAGAAGGGGGAUGCAAUCAGGGUGCCAUCUGGUUCAACAACCUACUUCAUUAACAGAGAUAACAAAGAAAAGCUCUUUGUUUACGUGCUGUCAAAGUCCGCCGGUUUACCUGGAGAAGUGCGGCAAUACUUUGGUGCUGGAGGUGUAAAUCCAGAAUCCUUCUACAGAGCAAUCAGCAGCGGUAUCCUGGAGAAGUCUUUCAAUACUCCAAGGGACAGGUUAGAGAGGCUAUUUGGACAACAAAAGCAAGGGAUCAUAGUAGCCAGUGAAGAGCAAAUUAGAGCUAUAAGCCAACACGCUUCGAGCUCCACUAAGCAAACUAAAGGUGAAACUGAAGGUCCUUUCAAUGUGCUGAAGGAACGCCCAUUGUUCGGUAACAGACUUGGACAGUUCAUUGUAGCACCUCCUGAGAAAUUCCAACAGUUGAGAGAUUUGGAUGUUGCUAUUGGUUUCAUGAACAUCAGCCAAGGUGCAAUGGUAAUACCAAGCAUCAAUACAAGGAUCACUGGGUUGAUACUCAUUGUAGAAGGAAGUGGUUACUUUGAACUGCAAUGUCCUCAUCUUGGUAGUCAAAAACAAGGCCAAGGGUCUAGCGGAGAAAAAAGAUGGCAAGAAGAACAAGAAGGAAAUGUCCAUUACCAGAAAGUUGGGUUUCCUGUAAAUGUUGGUGACCUUGUGGUAGUCCCUGUAGGCCAUCCUAUGACCUUUGUAGCCAACAAAGGCUCAAAUCUCAGGAUGGUAGGUUUUGGAAUCAAUGGUCAGAACAGCAAAGUUAAUUUCCUAGUAGGUAAGCAAAGCAUAUGGAGUGACAUAGAGACAGAAGCAAAGGAACUAGCAUUCAACAUGCCAACAAAAGAGGUAGAAGAAAUUUUCCAGAAGCAAGAGGAGUCUUACUUUGUGCCAGGGCCAGAGCAGAGGGAGAGGGGUGAAGAAGGAAGAUGGGUACAAGAACAUCAUUUGUCUUCAAUUUUGGACUUUGUUUUCUAAAUAAUAAUAAGUUAUCGAAGAUAUGCAUGAGGCAUGCAUGCACUAGGAAGGAUGUAUAUGCUGUACCAAGUGUGUGAGAGCUUUGUGAGUAAAUAAGAGAAGGCUCCUAGCUAGCUAGAGAGUGUAUCUACUGAUAAUAUAACUCCCUACUACUAAAAUAAAUGUGGCUUAAGAAUUGAGGGCUUUUGGCCUCUCUAGUAAUAUCUAUCGUGUGUAAUGUAACUUUUUGCAUCAUAAAUAAAACUCCUUGCUCUGAUAA